AUGGCACUUCAUCUCAUUCAAGAUGUAGAAGCUGCUGGCGCUGAGUUAUUUACUCUACUCGUCUCUACCACUGUGCGCGAUUCAUGGCCUGAGAUCGAAAGUGACGCGCCUCAUCUUCCCUCUGUUCUGCAUGCAAUCCACAUCCUCUUGACCCGCUUUAAUGCCGUGAGUUCGCCGUCUCCUCGAGCCAAAGCGACGCUCCAGUCUCUUAAUGCACUAAAGAAUGGACUUACAACACCCUUGAACGACGAUCUUUUCGGUGAGCAGCAACCUGCAGCAUCGGUUCCGUCGCUAUGGGCUUCACGCGCCUUCUUCUCGUACGCAGUGUCAUUGCAGCUUGUAUGGCGGCAGGUGGAGUCGUCUGGUGGUCGUCGGCCAGUCCUUCCACCGCCCGUAUUUCCCGAACCUGAGACAAUACUGCUUGUUCAUGGGUUAUGUGCGCCUAAUUUGAAUUGGUAUCAAAAGUGCCUUGAAGCACUGGGCAUUCUGAAGACGCGCCUUCAUUAUUCAAAUGAACCACCCAACGACAUCUGCUGUGCAUAUCUUAUGGAAAUCUUUGUGGCAAUCACGCACGCAGCGAUUGUGCAGCUGAAACGUCAUCCCACUGAGCGGCAUGCGCAGGUAUGGCGGCAUGUAAUCGGCGGCCUUCUUCCUCCUCUGGCCCUGUUUCUGGGCGGCAGUGUCCCAGCUUCAAAUAACGAUGUGCUUAACGUCCAAGACACCGUCUCAUCGUUUAUCGCGUUUUACGAGCCAGUUAAUGAUUGGAUGCAUCUUGAUGCACAAAUUAUGGCCCCAUCCCAUGCAGCCACAUUACCCGAUCUUAUGCAAGACUCGUUUGCUGCGUGGCUGCCAGGGCAUUCAAAAAAGACUACAUCGAUUGAACUCGAAAACUUGCACCAGUAUGCAAGUACUAGUGUCCAGUCAUUUCGACAAAUCGUGCAUACGUCCCUGCUGCACAACCCGUCCGCUUGUGGCAACCUGAUUGAACGCGCAGUGAAAGAGCCUUGUUUGCAACUUGUGCUUGCGAUGGAGUUGAACCAUUUGCUUUCAGAGUGGACGGAGUUCAUGUCUGCAGAGUUCAUGCACAUGCAUGCCAUCUGCUACUUAUUACAGUCAGGCGCACCGCAAAAUCUCGAUAUGCUAUGUCUGUACAUGGGACAGCAGCUGCUUCCCCACACACUUGUGCAUGUGCUUUCACAUAUGGACCAGUCAAUGUGGAGCCAUCCCGACGACGCUCUUAACCUGGUGAUCUUGUUCGUCGAAUACCUGUCGUAUUAUAGCAAGGAGUCGGGUAAUCCAUCGAAAGGGGCCGCAUACGUAUUCAUGAGGCGCCGCUUGUCGUGCUUCAACAGCCAUGCACUACCUGAAGAGUACCUCACGCUCCUAAGCCGUUGGUGCCGCUGCUUGGUCGGCAGUGACGAUAUGUCGGAGCUGCUUACUGCUUCGCCACCAUGGCUCUUAUUCCGUUUAACGCCGAGUAUUUUCAAACUCUUAAUUGAGGCAUUCUUAUAUGGGUUCUUUGACGAGUCAACGCUCCUAAAUGCAUUUGCAUACUUCCUGCGCGUUCCUCUGCGCUACAACGUGCCCUGUGCAGUAAAUUGGCUCGUGCGAUACACGACUAUGACACUGGCCAAGGCGCAAUAUGAUCCGAAGCUUUGGUCCCUCAUCUUCCUGCUGGUCCGUACGCUUCAUAUGCUGUUUAUGAGCGACGCAUGCCCCCCGCUUAUUCGCUCCAUGUUAGCAGGCGUUGUCUUACCAUUGUUGCAGAAUGAGCGUCUCGUGCUUAUGACACAUACCUCCAAUGUCAACAUACCCGUGUUCAUAUCCACAUUGCAGUCAUACACGGACCCCCACCUUCCCCAGAGCCCAUGGAUUGUCGAUGUAUUGAUGAUGUGCGAAGACGCCAAGCCAUGGUAUAGUCUUGUUCAACGCAUUGGCAUCAUCACACUUCAGGGGCUUGACACUUGCAUAGCACGCCAACUCUUGGGUGUUGCGCUUCAAACACGUGCCGAACAAGUCUGGACCAUCAAGCUCCUCGCAGCUGUGUUUUCGCUUCUUCACCUGAAUUCCAAAGCGACGAAACCUCUAUCUCUUGUGCGAGUUAUCCUCUUACAAUGGGAUGCCUCCAGCUCCAAGCCAGAACAUAUCCGCAAUCUCGGCCGUAUCCUUGUGUUAAGCGUGCUUCUGUCCAAAAAUCUACCUGCCAGUGCUGACGCCCUCGAAACUGUCUUUGGGAGUCUACUCACACCUAGUGCUGAGCCGCUAGCGCAUAUUUUGCGGUCCGAGACAUAG